AUGAAAGUAGCUAGACUUAACGAGACGUUUCCACAAGCCGAACAGCGAAGACUUGAACAGGCAGAGCGUCAGGCAGCUCUCAGAGCUGCCGAGACACCAGAGCAGUCCCAAGCUCGGUGUCGACAGCAUGCUGAUUAUUUGACAUCUAAACGGACUAAUGAGACACCAGAACAGUCCCAUGAUCGACGUCAACAGCAUGCCGAGCAUCUAGCAUCUCAACGGGCUGCGGAGACACCCGAACAGUCUCAAGCCCGACGUCAACAUAACGCGGAAUCUAUGGCAUCUCAACGGGCUUCUGAGACACCCGAACAGUCUCAAGCUUGGCGUCUUCAACAGGCGACAUACUUAGCAUCCCAAAGAGCUACAGAAACCGCUGAAGCUGCUGAAGCUCGCAGACGCGCUGUUGCUGAAAGGGCACAACAGUGA